GGCAGCAUGUUCCAUUUUUAUCACUUGUCACUAUGCCCGUCACUUUCUCGCUUACACACUUGUUAGAACGUGACAGACAUGGUGACAAAUGAUAAAGAGCCGACCAUCUUAGCCCUAAAAAUUUUCACAACCAUUUUUUUUAUAUAAAUUGUGAAAGUUGGCUUGAUCAACUUAAAUGCUAGCGAAUAAUAUAAAAAUAAUCAAUUAUACAUAGGUUCUUUCUAUUGCUAAAAGUAUCCCGAUUAAAGUCAUAAAUAAUUAAUUAAAUACUGAUACUUUAUCAAGAAAGCUAAGCUAAAGCUAUCGCUUUUCGGUGAAGGAAAACAUCGUGAGGAAACCGGACUAAUCCCAACAAGGCCUAGUUUAUCCUCUGGGUUGGAAGGUCUGAUGGCAGUCGCUUUCGUAAAAACUAGUGCCUACGCCAAAUCUUGGGAUUAGUUGUCAAGCGGACCCCAGGCUCCCAUGAGCCGUGGCAAAUGCAGGGACAACGCGAGGAAGAAGAAGAACUUUAUCAAGAAAGCACAUUUUUGUUUUAAAUUGUCACCAACAUUUUUGCCAUUCCCUGGGCACCCAUCCGUGAAUGCCCUUGAAACAAACAUAUACUUAAUACAUAUACGAUAAUAAAAGAUUGUUUUUCUACUCCAGUACGGAUAUUAUGGUUGAUCUUUUCUACAUGACAGCGUGAUAAAACGCUGUCCAUCACUUUCAAUCCCGCGGUGUUAAAAACUGACAGUUAUUUUAUCACGUAGAUAAAGCCAUCCAUAAUACGCCUGCUGCACUCUUAUUUGUCAAUUAAAUUAAUGCUAGAUCGAAAUCAACUUCAUAAAAAGCGCGGCGCGCGGGGCACCGGCGGGCCCCGGUGCUCCUGUUUGUUGGAUCCUAAAAGCAGUGUUCUUAUCGAGCUAUGGGUAGUUCCUGGGCGACGUUAUACAUAUUUAUAACAUACAACAGGUACCAAUAUACUUAUUUAUGUUUCGAUUUUAUUAACACAUUUUUAUUACUCUUGAAAAACUCCUAGAUUUCAAGGCAUAUCUAAAAAUGCGUUUUCACGUCUUAUUGUUGCUCAGUGGAUUAUUUUAUACCUGUUCCGCUUUCAAUAUAAGUAAUUUUUUUCUUGCAACGAACGUUACAGGGAAUAAAUGCGUCAAAAAACUACCAGUAGUCUUUUUACCGGUCGUCAUAAAAGUCUUUCGGUGGCCAUCCAUUCAACUUAAAAAUGAAACCAAACCUCAAGUUUUAAGGAGGCAGCUCGCGGGGCCGGGGGGAGGCGCGGGCGCAGCCCGGCACGGACCGCGACAAGCCGCAGCCGGCGCCCUGCGCGACUCUGGUGUUAUGAAACAAUUCUUCAAUCGCUUUCAGUAGCAGAGAACAAAGCCAACUUACGACACAGAAAUCAAACACUACUUCAAAAAUAUGACUAUUAAGUUCAUUUUCAUCGGCAUGACGCUCGGUGUGGCGUUGAACGGCGCUUUCGGCUCGGUGGUCGGGCUAACCUACAGGGAUGACUUCGACUUCGAGCAGCGCUACCGUCACGUGCAUGACUGCGACCCCUUCCAUUGGCACCCGCUCCACCUGCCCGAGGAGUGCGCUGACAUGUACGAGAAACUUAUCCGUAGUAGGCUCCCUGUACGCUUCCCCAAGCUAACCGAUCGCCUGUACCGACCCAUACACAUCUCUCCUGACAGUCAAAGCUCGGGACCAUCACAUUAUCAACAUUCGUUUAACCCGGUUUACCAAACGAUAAUCGGAGUAGAAGAGGAAACCGUCCCCCGCGAGUUAACGCCGUAUGAAGAAAUGUUAGAAUCCGUACAGAAGGAUGUCAAUAAUUUCCCUAGUGUUCCAUCAGUAAGGGACAUGCCAAACUUUGGUCCGGUAGCUGUGUAUCAACAGCCGGUGUCACAAAUUAGCGCAGAUAUGAUAAAAAAUGUUGCAAUGACUUAUAUUCAUUCACUCGAUGACAAGGAUAAUAAAAGAAAACGCCACAGAAGCGGAAAGAGUGGAAGUAAGUGGAAGAAACUUGUAAGCAAAGUUCGCCGGCAUGAGCGGAAUGGCUGGAAGAAAAUAAACAAUGGAGAUAUUGUUAGCAUUACGAAACCUUAGUAAUAAGGGUUAACAUAACAGAUUAACCUAAACUUGCUGACUGAGCGUGUGUGUAAUUUACUUUUGUAAUUUAAUUAAAUUACUAUUUUAGGAAACGUUACAUCUGCGUUAACCUAUAAUAUUAGAAUAUGUUACAUCAAUGCUGCAAUGAUUUCUAAAACAAAACCUUAAGUCAGAUUAAACUAACUCUGUACGUACUUGACCUUGACAAGGUAUUCUUAACUCUGCACAGACUUUGAGAGAACAACGUACGGGAGUGUCAUUAUAACCAUCAACAUUAUAGAAACAUGUCCGUCUGUCUGUCCGAUUAUGUCACAGCCACUUUUUUCCGAAAGUAUAAGAGCUAUAUUGUUCAAACAUGGUAAGUAGAUGUAUUCUAUGAACCGCAUUAAGAUUUUCACACAAAAGUAGAAAAAAAAACAAUAAAUUUUGGGAACCCCCAAAAUUUAUUGGUUUUUUUUCCGUACUCAGAACAGAAACUCAAAAAAUCUUUUUUCAUCAAACCCAUACGUGUGGGGUAUCUAUAGAUAGGUCUUCAAAAAUGAUAUUGAGGUUUCUAAUAUAUUUUUUUUCUAAACUGAAUAUUUUGCGCGAGAGACACUUCCAAAGUGGUAAAAUAUGUGUCCCGCCCCCUCCCCCCCUGUAACUUCUAAAAUAACAGAAUGAAAAAUCUAAAAAAAAUAUAUGAUAUACAUUACCGUGCAAACUUCCACCGAAUGUCAUAAAUGGUACGGAACCCUUCAUGGGCGAGUCCGACUCGCACAUGGCCGCACUUUUUUUUUUUUACUUCGGGGUAUACCAAAGUACAUUUAAGGAAACUGAAUGGCAUGUUUUUUUUGUAUAAAGUAAAGAGAAGCGUCGUUGUAACACGGACAUUAUUAUAUCAAUGGCAUUUUGAAUAUCGAUUGUCCGAUAUAAUACUUCCGUUUAAUAGCAAAUGUAUAAACUCAUAAUAAACAAUACCUAAUGAAUAUGUGACUUUCCACUGAUAAAUGUACCAUAGCACCGCAAAAAUAUUGAAGCGGCCUUAAUAACAGCGUAAGCGCCAAACACCAUAAAGUACCUUUACCCGUGGGACGGCACAUAUGUAAACAGCCCCUAACGCAAGUGUACACGCACGUAUACGCCUUAUUAGAUAAAAAUUAAUCAUUGAUUAUCUCCAAAAUGGACUUAAUUAGAAUGCCGGUUUCUUUGAGAAAGUUUCUUAAUUUAAGCUUACUAAUGCGCACUCUGGAAAUUAUGGGGUAAGUUGGGUUAUCAGGUUGUCAGGUCCAACUUACAUAAGUUGUGCGAUAUUAUGGUAUCAACGGGCUAAUCCGAUAAUGGAAAUUGCAGGUGUCUAUAGGAACUCUGCGACACAACGCAACCGCAACCUCUGUUUUUGGGUUUGUUAAAAUAGUCUCGAGUAGUAGUUGACUGUUGAAAGAAAAGCACACUCAGUAAAAAAAGAGUGUCUCAAAAUUUUCUAUUUCAUUUUUUGCCCUUUAGUUUUACUUAAUAAAAGGUUUUAUAUUAAA